AUGGCAACUCAAACGGAACUCCCCUUUGUCACACUAGAUGUCUUUACAUCUACCCGGUUCAAGGGCAACCCGCUGGCCGUUGUCACAAUUCCUGCUGGCACGAAGCCAUACCCUACACAGGAACAGAAGCAGACCAUCGCACGCGAGUUCAACCUCAGCGAGACAGUCUUCAUCCAUGAGGAGCACCCCGACGUCGACCCAAAGGACAAGUCCACCCGUCGCAUUGAUAUCUUCAUCACCACUGCCGAGCUUCCAUUCGCUGGCCAUCCAACCAUUGGCGCCGCCGUCUCCCUCCUGGACAAAGGUGUUACUACACUGAUCACAAAGGCCGGCCCUAUCCCCCUCCAGCAGCCAGAACCAAACACCAUCCAGGCCGCUAUCCCCUUUAAUGUCCAUCUUCACAAGAAGACGCUCAGUGCCCUCUCAGCUGACAAGCCCAACUUCUUCGCCCCCGGAGAUCUUUCCGUGGUCCCUGAAAUCCAAGCUGCUGAACUCGCCGCCCCCAUUUUUAGCAUCGUCAAUGGAAUGGCCUUCAUUCUCAUCGAGCUUCCCACCGUCGAGCUUCUCUCCAAGGUGACCGGCAGCGCCACCUCCUUCCCCGUGGACCAGACUCUCGACUCAGGCUGGCGGGGGGGAUUCCUCGGGCGCUACUACUUCGUGCGCCUCAGCCAGGGGCCGGACACCGUGGCCAUCCGCUCGCGCAUGAUCGAGAAGAGCUUCGAGGACCCCGCUACUGGGAGCGCGGCCUGCGCUCUUUCGUCGUACCUGACUCUUGCCGCGGGGGAUGCGGAGCCCAAUCAGACGGUUCGGUAUGAGAUCACGCAGGGAGUCGAGAUUGACCGCGAGAGCAACAUUCUUGUCACUAUCGGCACCAAGGAGGGCAAGAUUGACCAGGUCAGUUUGGCUGGAACGGCUAUUCAGGUUAUGCGAGGACAUGUGACUCUCUAA